AUGAAUCUGACAUCCAAUUCCGGCGUAAGAGCUGAAGGGAUCGCAGCAAUUACCACUUCUACUGGCUUACAAGAGUUUUAUGUCAAAGAUCAUCGCCACAAAGCCACAGUAAAUCUUCAUAUCCAGAAAGACAACCCCAAGGUAGUACACGCUUUCAACAUGGAGGCCUUGGGAGAUAAACCUGUGUAUUGCCAUUGCUGGAGAUCCAAAAAGUUCCCAUUUUGUGAUGGAGCUCACACAAAACACAAUGAAGAGACUGGAGACAACGUGGGACCUCUGAUCAAGGAAAAAGAAACUUAA